AUGAAGCGAUACCUGGGUGACACUCGAGUGGGUAUCAGAACUAAGUACAUGGAUCAGCAAUGGAUUGGCAGCACUGCUAAUCGGCUGAAAGUAUAUGAUCACAUGUCUGUGGUAUCCUCAAGAAUCAGCAGUGUGUCAUCUAUGUUGAAAAACAGCGAAAUUAGAGCGCAGUUUAUUAAAAAACCUGACAAAAUAUGCACACUCCCGAAAGAUGUUAAAGAUAUAUUAUAUAAUUACAAGGGUAUUAGAAAAAAAAAAUACGAAAAGUUGAUACAUUCGAUAAAAAAUGAUGUUAUAAAGGAUAACAAUUUAGCAGAAUUUAUAACUGAAGUAAUGCAGUAUAUAUCCUUGUUAGAUAUUGAACGCAAAUUGUUUGUUGAAGCACUUCUUCAAAUUGACUGGACGAAUAGAUCAUCACAAGUGAUUUUUACGUAUAAACUCUUUUUGCAAAAUUUAGCAUGUGUGCAGACAUUUCACACAAAUAUUGUAAUAAAUUGUCUCGUCGAAUUAUUUAAACCAAAAAAUAUCGAACAUGAAAUUGGACAACUUAAAGAUGAAGAUGUGGAAAGGCUAAAUCAUAUACAUGAUAUAUUACGUGAAAUUUUGAGAGUAGUACCAAUGUCAAAUAAGGAUUUACUUGAAGCCCUUGAAACACAUUUUCCAUUCUAUCUUGUACAUGGUACUUAUAUACAUGAAAUUUAUGUCUAUGCAUUGUUAGAAAUUCUGAAUUAUGCACCUCAGCUAAGAAGAAAUAUUUUAAUCCUUAUUAUUAGAAAGCUAGUGACAUUGGAUGCCAAUGUACCUUGUCAAGAAGUGAACAAUGAUGAAAACAUGGUAGAAGAUGAUUGUAUCAGUAAUGGAACAGGUGAUAAUGACAAUUUGACCAAAAUUAACAGUGAUACAGACAAAAGUAGGAUUAUACAUCCAACUGCACGUAUACUAGACUCGUGCCUGGAAUUAUUUUUUAAAUAUAUGCACGAGUUUUGUUUUGUGAAUGACGUUCUGCAAAUGAAGAACCUGGAAAUAAUGUAUAGCGAUAUUGUCUAUGCAUUUGAAAAAGAAAUAUUAAAUAUGUACGGCAUUCGAUAUGUGCAAUAUAUCGUGUUCUACAUGUGCAGUUUUGGACAAUUGCGAAUUUCUACAAUUGAGGAAAGGUUUACAAAUUGGUUGUGGCGAGAAGUGGUUGUGAAACCUAAUUCUACAGUACCACCGAUUUAUCGGCAAACAGCUGUUUGUUAUAUUUCUAGUCUGCUUGCAAAUGCCUCAUUUAUUUCUCCGCAAUUAGUGAAAACGAUGAUCUCUAAAUUGACACAAUGGCUAAACGAAUAUAUCACUUCGCAAGAAUAUUCGGAAUAUAUUGAGGAUUAUGCAAGACAUGCUGUGUUUUACUCUGUUUGUCAAGCGUUCUUUCAUUUAUUUGUCGCAAGGUACAAGCAUUUUGUAUUUGACUUGAAAUAUGAAAAAUUUCUUCAGAAUCUUUCUCUUUCAAUAUCCAAAAUUGUUACUUGUAAAUUAAAUCCCUUGAAGAUGUGCGACACCAAGAUCGUUCACGCUUUUGCCCAAACUACAAGAACAUAUGGACUAGCCUACUGCGAUUCUGUAAUCGAAUAUAACGAGCGCAAUCAAUUACCCAUUUUCGGAAUGGAAUCGCAUUUGCCCGUUCUGAUUCCCAAUUUUUUCCCGUUCGAAUCUUAUACAUUAGAACAUAGUGGACGGAGAAUAGCUCCUUUAUUUUAUAAUAAUAGGGCAAAUAUUGACUGUCGAUCAGUUAACAAAUGUGAAUAAGAAAAUAAAUACAUGAUUUACACAUAUGUAUAUAUAAAUAAAUUAUGAUGCCAC